AUGGUAAAGACGUUCCCAAAGGUGCGGACACGUGCCAGAACCAAAGCAACAAUUGUUGCGGGAGCAGGUUUGGAGCCUCCUCAUCCAGCGCACACGCAGGUAGUUGCGCCCCAAUGUCAGCCGGUUCCCGGUCCCAAGAUGGUGUUCUAUUGCUCUGAUUUCUCUGCCUUAGAUGGUGCGGCAGUUGCGCUUCGCAGACUCCGUCCCUACAUGGCACAUGUCUUUGGAAGUGAAAGCGCGCCAAGCCACCGUUCGGCCUUUGCGGUGUUGCAUCCCAGGUGUGAAAAGCUGUACAAUGACCUACUGGAACGUGAAAAUUGGAUGUUGCAGGGUGACCUGCCGCAUUCGCCGCUCAUUUCCUUGGUGUAUGCAGCAAACUGCACAGCCCAUGCUGUGGUUGAAGACGGGAGGGUAGCACCAGCAAUGUGGCAAAUUUGUGACACAAUCAGGCAGCUGUUCCCAGAUAUCUUUCUAUUGGAACUGGGCCCAGAAUUGAUCGAGAGCAAGCCACUCCGCACGCCGGCCCAAAAAUUUUUGGAUGCUUUGGUUGAAGUGCGGGAUUUCGCCUACUAUGUGGAUUUUCGAGUGCUGGAUAGUUUGAAGGUUGGAGAAGUGCCCGCCACCAGGCAGAGAAUGUAUUUGGUUGGCGUCAAAAAGCACAAGCUUCUACAACAGUGGCAGUGGCCGGAGACAUGCCCAGCACCGAAGUUAUCCCAAUUCCUGGAGCCUAGGCCGAAACACGCGCACCGCAUGUCCAGACCUUUGAGUGGCAUCGCGCAGCAAAACCUCGCACGAGCCAUGAAGGCAAUCAAGAAGGCUGAGCGAAGCGCAAAACCCAGCAAGGAAUGUUUUGUGGUGGACCUGGGGACUGCCCUGAACAGACGAGUUCUGUGGGCAAAGGAAAGGGUGCCAUACAUGAGCUACAAGCAUGUCCCAGGCAUGUGGAUGACGCACCUCAAGGACACCAUGAACCCGAUGGAAAUGCUGAAGUGUCAGGGUUACCACACGAAAGAGGAGAAAGGUACCAAGAAGAACAAGGCGCAAGAAGCACAGGAAAGAAGUGCUGGUCAGAAAGCAACUGAUGCGGACGAAUUUGCGUGGGAUCAGCAGCGAGCCGCGGGCCUGUACUUGAGAGCUUUGGAAUACUUGUGGCAUGGACUGCGGCAGACCGAUGCAGAUGCCGCAGUCAUGGAAAGCGCCUGUGUGCCUGAGUCAGACAAUGAACUCAACAUGCAUCGGCAGUAUCUGCAUCAGAAAGCUGGCAUACCCCCCAGAAAACUGGAAGCAGUCACUGAUGCAGAGACGGUGCUGUGGAGUAAAAUUGAAGCAGUGCUGAGCAAGCAAGAUGGCCUGGACAGCUUUCAUCAUGGUUCUGUGGUGGAACUUUGGGCCUUAUGCAGAAUCUUUUCGUUUGAAGCAAUCAUUUGGGGUGGGAAAGAAGAUGAGAACAUCAGAGUAAGCACCCUAGAAGCCCUAUCCGACGAACAAGCCAAAGAGGUCUUGAGGAACCAUGUGCACGUCAUGGAAGUACUUUAUCGGCCGAUGGGCUGUACGGGACAUUAUGACAUCAUCAAGGGGCGCGGUCACACCGGAAUGGCGCAGGCAGUUUCUGGCUGGGAAAAAUUGUGGCUGGAGGCAGGCAGCAAGGCAGUUCGAGAGGCAAUGAAAGCCGAAGCAGCCAAACAGGGAAAAGCAGAGCAUGUGCAGGAGGUGGUGUCGGUGCCCGGUGAUGGAUACUGCUUGUUUCACUGUGUAUGCUAUUUCUUCCAGCAAGGUGACAAAGGCGCCUUUGUGUGGGAUCAGCAGCGAGCCGCGGGCCUGUACUUGAGAGCUUUGGAAUACUUGUGGCAUGGACUGCGGCAGACCGAUGCAGAUGCCGCAGUCAUGGAAAGCGCCUGUGUGCCUGAGUCAGACAAUGAACUCAACAUGCAUCGGCAGUAUCUGCAUCAGAAAGCUGGCGUACUCCCCAGAAAACUGGAAGCGGUCACUGAUGCAGAGACGGUGCUGUGGAGUAAAAUUGAAGCAGUGCUGAGCAAGCAAGAUGGCCUGGACAGCUUUCAUCAUGGUUCUGUGGUGGAACUUUGGGCCUUAUGCAGAAUUUUUUCGUUUGAAGCAAUCAUUUGGGGCACACAAGCAGGCGAAAACUAUCGGGUCAGCACCCUAGAAGCCAUUUCCAGCGAAGAAGUCAAAGAUGUCCUUGCAAAGCACACCAACGUAAUGGAACUGGUGUACCAAGGCCUGGGUUGCACAGGGCAUUAUGAUGUUGUGAAGACUUCAGUUUGCGACGGGUUGGAGUUGCUGAUGCUGGGCUGGGAGAAGUUGUGGAGGGAAGGCGGCAGCCGAGCCGUUCGACAAGUUCUCAAACAGAGACCUGCCAUGCAACAGGAACGUGACAGCACCGUAUGGUCAGAUGAGUCAUCACAAGACAGCUGCAAGAGGCAGAAUGAAAAACCAGAGGACGUUGAAGGGCAAGAUGGCAGCACAAUGUCGACGGAAUCGGAGGUUGAAGGCAUCCAAGGCUUGGACAUAGGUGACAUACGCGCUGCUGAAGGGAGACGCAUCCUGACACCCGAGGAUGACAUGGAAGACAGGUGCAGGGCCAUUCGUGUGCUGCUGCAGGAGUUUCCGAUGCAUCCGAAGCCAUUGCAAGGUUGGUCCGCACAGUCGUGUGGCCCAAUGGCAGGAGUGGCAUACCCUGCAGCACAUUGUGCAUUCGCGGGUUGUCAUUGGAACAGUGAUGCGGUCGGAUGGUGCGCCUACAAGCGCGCGUUAGUGCUGCAAGAGGAGAGGAAUGUGCCAGCACUCGGCUGGUCCGUGGAUCGACGAACCUUGCGUCGCUUGCGCAGCGGCUUACAGGAGCACGAGUGCGCAGCAUUGAUUUGCGCAUGUUGCGCCGGUAUUCACAGCACCGGCACAAGAGCAAACUGUGGCUAUGUGUCCGUUAAGGUCCUUUUUGGCAGCCUGACAAAGCGAAGUUUGGACGCAAACUGGAAUGCAGAGGAAUUUGAGCACAGGUAUCAGUGGCAAGAAAUGGCCCAUGGGCAGGAGUGGGAACGGGGCCGAGACAAGGCAACUCUAUGCCAAGAAUUCAAGGAGAAGGUUGCUGCAAGAUAUGGGGACGUUGAAAUGACACCGGCAAACGUUCAACAAGUCCUGGAGGAAAAGGCCAAGAAAGGGAAUCCAACCCCGCAUCAGAAGCACGCCACGCCCGCAGCGGCGCAUGUCUUGGCAGCAGUUGAAGCCGUUGAAGCUACAGCGAGUCGUCAUGCCGCUAAGUUCCAAAACUUUGCAGCAUCACGGGCUUCCUUCGCAGCCCUCGGCGCACUUGGCACUUUGGUGACGCUCAAUGGCAACAUUCAGUUUGUGUCGCAAGAUGGCGAUAUGCCGCUUUGCUGCUCGGUGGAGGCCUGGAUCCCCAUCAAAGGCCCCCUCCUGGGCAAGGUUUACACUGGGCACCCCAGGCCGUUGUCUGUUCGCGCACAAAAUUCCACUUCACGUUGUCUGCUCGCGGGGCAUGGGCCGGGGGAAACGGAAGAGGAGGCUCCUGAGCUCAGCUAUCCCAGCUCCGAUUUGGACGGGCUUCUGAGGUACCUCCGCGACUUGGAUCAGAAAGGCCUUCGCAUGACCGAGGUAGUUUACUCCGUGAAUUCCUGGAUGUUGUAUGGUCUGAUUCCCUUGAGGCACCAUGGAUUGAUCCUGUACUCCGAGGGGAGCCGCAGCUGUGGGAAAGAUCCCUACCUGACCUUGGACUUCAGUUCCAGGGGCAUCCUGUGGGACACGUUUGACGUUUAUCCCGAUGUUCCGGAGGGGACCUUCUUCUCAAAGACGUACAAGAUCAAUAUGGAUCCGUUAGUCCUCAGAGACUAUUGCAAGGCAACCCAGCCAUUCAGCUGGCCAGACAACGACUGCAAGCACUGGGCCAAAGGGGUGCUGUUGUUGAUGGGCAUCCCCGAUGACCCCUGCGCCGACGGCGCCGUUGACGGUAUUUCUCGGCGGGGCCAUGUGGGCUUGCGGGAGAUCAUCACUUGUGGUGCCAGUCACAAUUCCAAUCGAGUCGUCGGCUGCAUGCCAUGAUGACAGGA